AUGCAGUCCAUUAUGGUUCGGAGGGGCACAGUUUACCUCUUCAAUAAUCAGGCCUCUAGUCCAAUUUUCUUUCAAACCUUCAAAAUCAUAACUCACGACGCUAAUUAUGCUUCACUUUCUCUUACUAGUGAGCCUCCUAUCAGUAAUGGUUCGGAAGUUUCCCCCAGUGUUGACGGUCAACUGAAGCCAAAAGAUUUAGACGAGGCGCCAACAAUUACAUCUUCGCGAGAUCUAAUGAUCCUACUACCUGAACAGCAGCGGGAGAUCAUUGCUCAUGAGAUGGCUGGCUUCCUGGAGGAGAAACAUCGCUUCAUGCGAGAGGUUGUCAAAUGGGACGAUUCUGCAAACGAGAUUGUGCUCCUUGCAAAGCAGAUGUGUGACAUCAUGAUGGAGAUGACCAACUUUACACGCGGAACAGGAUCACUUAUAACCACGAUGGAUGUAAUUAAGCAAAGUCAUCGUAGGUCGCCUGAGGUGAUUUAA